AUGGGCUCUUUCCAGCGCCCUCGCUUCCUCGUUCUCAUUUUCAUCUAUCUUACUAUUUUCUCCUCCGUCUCUCACUCAUUCCCUUUCCCCAGAAAAGAAAAACACAAAAUUGAAGGCCCCAUCAAAACCCUAGUAGUCCUGGUGAUGGAGAAUCGCUCCUUCGACCACAUGCUCGGAUGGCUCAAGAGGGUCCGGCCCGACAUCGACGGCCUCACCGGCUCCGAAUUCAAUAGGAUCAACUCAUCCGAUCCGAACUCCCGGCCCGUGUUCGUCUCCGACGACGCCUUCUUCGUUGACUCCGACCCGGGUCACUCGAUCCAAGCCAUCAGGGAGCAGAUAUUCGGAUCCAAUGACUCGUCGGCCGACCCGGCUCCGAUGAACGGGUUUGCGCAGCAGGCGGAGAGCAUGGGGGUCGAGGGUAUGUCCAGAACCGUCAUGAGCGGGUUCAAACCGGAACUCGUACCGGUUUACACCGAGCUGGCGAACGAGUUUGCUGUUAUGGACCGGUGGUUCGCCUCGGUGCCCGCAUCCACUCAGCCUAACCGGUUCUAUGUUCAUUCAGCCACAUCCCAUGGCGCCUCCAGCAACGUUAGGAAGGACCUCAUCCAUGGGUUCCCUCAGAAGACCAUUUUUGACUCGCUGGACGAAAACGAUCUUAGUUUCGGUAUCUAUUACCAGAAUAUCCCAGCUACUCUGUUCUUCAAGAGCCUUAGGAAGCUCAAGCAUACCGUCAAGUUCCAUAACUAUAAGUUGAAGUUCAAGCUCCAUGCUAAGAUGGGGAAGCUCCCAAAUUAUGUCGUGAUCGAGCAGAGGUACUUUGAUGUGGACCUCUUUCCGGCAAACGACGAUCAUCCUUCUCAUGAUGUGGCGCUCGGGCAGAGGUUUGUGAAGGAGGUCUACGAGACGCUUAGGGCGAGUCCUCAAUGGAAGGAGAUGGCACUUUUGAUCACUUAUGAUGAGCACGGUGGGUUUUAUGAUCAUGUGCCAACACCUGUUUCUGGUGUGCCCAACCCAGAUGGGAUCAUCGGGCCUGACCCAUAUUAUUUUCAGUUUGAUAGGCUUGGUGUGCGUGUUCCCACAUUCUUGAUUUCACCCUGGAUUGACAAAGGCACUGUGAUUCAUGAACCGAGUGGCCCAACCCCAUCUUCACAAUACGAACACUCAUCGAUCCCUGCUACCGUGAAGAAGCUUUUCAAUCUUCAAUCAAAUUUUCUAACUAAAAGGGAUGCAUGGGCUGGGACUUUCGAGAAAUACUUUUACUUGCGUGAUACUCCCCGAGACGACUGUCCAGAGACACUGCCGGAAGUUAAGACGGCGUUAAGGUCACAUGGACCUAAAGAAGACAUUAAACUGUCAGAAUUUCAGCAGGAGCUCAUUCAAUUGGCUUCACAGCUUAAUGGUGAUUAUAUGCUCAACACGUAUCCUGAUAUUGGACGAGGAAUGAACGUGGGCACAGCCAACCGGUAUGCGGAGGAUGCAGUUAGAAGAUUCUUGGAAGCUGGAAGAGCCGCUCUUAGAGCUGGAGCUAAUGAAUCAGCACUCGUCACCAUGAGGCCCUCGCUCACCACCCGGACGGCUCAAGUACGUGUUGGUCCCAGUCAUGAGUCCAUUUGA